AUGCAGAUGAAGCUUUCACCACAACCAUUCACCCUCUUCAAACUCCUUGUACUAACAUUAUUAUUACAACUCCAAACCAUUCCCACUCUCACACUCUCCCCUUGCAAAACCUCAUGUGGCAGCAUUCCCAUAAACUACCCCUUUGGCCUAGAAGAUGGGUGUGGUGCACCACAGUUCAGACAUAUGCUAAACUGCAGCACUGACUUGUUCUUCCAAACCCCUUCAGGCUCAUACAAAGUCCAAUCCAUUGACUAUGAAAAAAACUCUAUGGUAAUCUACGACCCUGCAAUGUCCACUUGCUCCAUUCUCCAACCUCACCACGACUUCGAAAUGACAGAUAUUCAAUCCGCUAUAAUCCCCCCAUCACAGGACACAGUUUUCGUGCUACUAAACUGCUCCAUAGACUCUCCUGUUCUGAACCAUUACAAGUAUCUCUGCUUCAACUUCGCUGGCCACACGUGUGACGAGCUUUAUGGGGCGUGCAAUGCCUUCAGGGUCUUUCAUUUGUUGACAAACAGCUCCCCACCAUGUUGUUUCACCAGUUAUAGUACUGUGAAGUUCAUGAGCAUGAACAUAUUGGACUGCACGCACUAUACAAGCGUGAUUAACACGGAAAACUUGAAGGGUGUUGGCCCUUUGGACUGGGUUUAUGGGAUCAAGCUUUCUUUCAGUGUGCCAGAUACUGGAUGUGAGAGUUGCAAAAAAUCUGGCGGGACAUGUGGCUUUGAUACUGAUACAGAAGGCUUGCUGUGUCUUUGCUCAAGUUUUGCUAAUUCAACAAGGGAAUGCGCCCCUGGAAGCAUGAUAUCGAAAGGACAGAGCAAUGCUCUUUGGAGACACUACCUACUAGUUUUGCUUGUUCUGGCUUAUUUUCAGACGAGGGUGAGACUCGUUUGA